GUUCCAGGAAGAGGAGCUAUCACUUACUUGCACGCAAAAUUACGCUUCCUCUCUCUCCUGUCGAUGGUCAUUUCAUACGCCACCGUUUUCUUCCUAUAUUCUCUGCAGGCGGCCGCUGCAGCCACCACUUCUGACACUGCAUUCUCCUCUUCCUCUCCGUAUGGCUACACUCUCCUACAACCCUACCCACGUUGGAGGAGGCUGAGAGACGAAAACUAAGUAGGGUUUCUACAUUCCAAUUGUGCUUUCGAAGGUAUCCACAUUAUGCUUUCUGCAGAGACGUGCCUCUUUUGAAUAUCCUCUCAUAUUCCAAUUUUCUGCGACAAUUUGUUUUGACCGAUGCAGUACUUGCUUGGAAGAAAGAACUUUUUCACUAUGGCGGUGGCAUUUACUGAUCUUUCAUGGUGGUCAUGGAGUGGAAAGCAUCAGGAGCCUAAAAUCUCAAAUGCACCUUCUUUAAAUGCCAGAGCUGAUUCAGACUUGUGGGAAUCAGAUACUCUGAAAUUUCCGUUGGCUCCUGGGGCUAAUGGGACUUCCUCUUAUAGAAGGGUUAAGCAAAAAUGGCAUAGCCGGGAAGAGAGGAAAAUUGAUAGGGAAUAUGAUGCAGUUCUUGUGCCUUCUGAUGGUGGUUGCGUUUCAGGGUCUGAGUCUGAUUCAGAUUAUUCCAUUGGGUGGUUGGAGCCUCAUGGACCUGCAUUCCAGAGUAAUGAUGACGAAGAUAACAGUUUUGCUGUACUGGUCACAUGUUAUGGUCGUGCUCAAGAGAAAGCAUUUGAGAACUCAAAGAACAAUUUGUUUGGUGCCGUUGUCAACAUUCAAGAUGGUUACUCUGAUGAGAGCAUUAAGUAUAUGGAAAAGUGGCUCUCUGGGCUCCAGAACAGCUGACAUUCAAUGCUGCUAAAUAGUUCCACAUGGGUCUCUGGAAGAAUCUGUCCUGUUGAAUUAACAUGGAGAGAUGUGUAAAAAAUGAAAAGCGUCGAAAAGGAAGAGAGAAGGGAAAAAAAAAAAAAAGAAAAAAAAAAGAAGAUAUACUAGGUGGCAUAAUUGAUUGAUUGCUGCUGAAGAGGAUUGGCUAAUGUUCUGUCGUUGCUACUACAAGCAGGAUUGUUAACCAUAAAGGAUGAAAAUGGUUAAAGCACUAGAAGUGAUGGGUUUCUUGGAUUUUCAAAUUAUUGUUCUACUGGAAAGGAGUUUUCUCCUGCUGUCUUCCCCCUACUCAACGUCUGAAAAUAAUGAGAAUAUUAAGUGAUGUAAGAUACUAAGAAAGAGUAGAAAGGGCGUGCGUGUGUGCUUUCAAUUCUUUGUUGUAAAUAUCCUUGUACAUAUAUAUUUAAUAUUUAUUAUGUAAAUAGUAUAUUAUAAUUUGAUUC